CAUCAAUCAAGGACAUCACGGCUCAACAUGUAAAAGGCUGGCUUUAUUAAACCAAAAUCUGGCACAAAAAGGUAUUAAUACAAAUAACUAUUUUCAAACCAACCGGGUCUCACCUCUAUGUUUGUCGCAUGGAACCUGUGAUGUCCUGAACAAAAUCUCAGGAUGGUUGAGCAUCCAAAAUCACACAAGACACAGCCAACAUCAGCCACCACUGCUGCAGGAUCAUGGUCACAGAGUCAGGACUGGCCAAGCAAGGAGAUUCACAUUUGGAAGAUGAAGACCAGCCUGACCUUUCACCCAAGAAGCAGAGGGCCACAUCUAAACCAUUUUCUGGGCCCCAAAAAUUCCAGUUGAGAGUGGCACUUCGCUCCACUCCCUCUACCCAGCAGUCCACUGAUGAAGAGGAGGCAGAAGAGGAAGAGAAGAUGACCAAGAAGAGAGUGCUAAAGCGGGCAGGAAAGACCACUCCGGCAAAGAAGAGGAAACGUGUUGCAUGUGAAGAUGUAGAGACAGCCGUAGAUCCUGCGAAAGAUCAAGGAUCCGAUUCAGCAGAAGAUGUACCUGCCUCCUUCCUGGACAAGAGAGAACGGACCAUCAAGGCCAACAAAGCAAUGUUGGCUCAGCUGAUGUCGGACCUGAAGAAGAUGACAGGAGGUGCAGGGAUUCUAAAAAACCAAGCCGGCCCAGAGAUGAAGAAAGAGAAAAAUUCUCGUCCCCCUCGCUCUGCUGCAGCUGCAGGAGAGACCAGGAGGAACCCAGAGCGGGCGUCUCGCAGACAGACUCGCUCUAUGGGGGGAUUUGAGGGACCUUUAUCCCCUAAGAAGGAAGAAGUGGAGUGGAGCUUGGAGGAGGAGCUGCUGGAGGUACGUCAAGCCCCACGGCGCCGUGCCCCGCGGCCUACUGAGUGCAAGCCUCAUUGUAUCCGUCCUGUGGAGGACAUCACAGAGGAAGAGAUUGAGCUGGUGGCAGACAUCAUGACUGAAAAAGUCUACAACAGAGACACAGGCACGACAUGUCAUCAGUGCCGUCAGAAAACAGUUGACACCAAGACGUGCUGCCGCAGUGAGGACUGCAGAGGGAUUGUGGGUCAGUUCUGUGGGCCAUGUCUGAAAAACAGAUACGGAGAGGAUGUGAAGAAGGCGCUGCGCGAUCCAGAUUGGAAGUGUCCUCCCUGUCGUGGCAUUUGCAACUGCAGCUUCUGCCGGAAGCGUGAGGGCCGCUGCCCGACUGGGAUCCUCUUCCCUCUUGCCAAGUACCACGGCUUCUCUGACGUCCACUCCUACCUCAGCAGCCUCCGGAGUAAACUGAAGAAUGAGGACAACGAUGUAGAGAUGUGAUAUCAAGCAUGGAGUGUUUGUUGGGUUUUAUUAUUCAAGUUUUCAGUCUGUUUUAAUACAAAUAAAUCAUACCAAAGCUGUGAUUUUAAAUGAAUAAAGUAUUUUAUAA